CGGAUCUUCUGAGGGUUCCGGCAAUGUCGCGCUGUCAUCUGACUCCGGACAUCUGGUGAUGGAAACGUUCUCGCCCGGCUGAUGAGAAGAAGCGGACCGCCACGCGAGACCCAUGGAGAAUCCAAGCCCGGAGACCUUCGUGGACGUGGACAAAGGCAUUUGCAUUGGUUUCCUCUCCCUGAUGUGUUUCUUUCUGAUGCUGAUGAUGGUGCGGUGCGCGAAGCUGAUUGUGGACCCGUACACCGCCAUCCCAACUUCCACAUGGGCGGAGGAGCAGCUGGACUGAGGACGCCUAGCGGCACUCUGCCCGCUUGCGCAAUGAUGGCGGGGAACGAUCGGGGUGAACAGGGAUGGAAAGAAAC